UGAUCUUUUUUUAACAAACCAAAAUACUUGGUCAUGUGACUUGUAGCUUAAACAAAAUGGCGACAGCUUCUCAUGGGGAAGUGCAAGACGAAAUAAAACCAGUCGCAGAAUCCAGUGACUCAGAAGAAGGGUCUGAGGAAGGAUCUGAUGAUUCUGAUGAAUAUGAUAUUGAACCACAACUCAGAUAUGACAGAAUAUCCAACGAUCUUCAGAGCAUCCUCUCCAAGGACUGUGCCAGCUGUCUUGCUGUUGAUUCAAAGUUUCUUGCCCUGGGGACACACUGGGGUUCAAUAUACAUCCUGGAUUUCCUGGGAAACAAGAUACCUGGGAAAACAUAUCAAACACACACCUGUACAGUGAACCAGAUAAGCCUUGACAAGAAUGGUGACUUUGUUGCUAGCUGCUCGGAUGAUGGCAAGGUUAAGAUUCAAGGUCUUUACUCCGAUGUGGACGACCAGUCCGUGACCUUUGACCGCCCAGUCAAGUCAGUUGCACUAGACCCGGAAUACUACAAGGCGUCCAAUCGAAAGUUUGUUACCGGUGACGACCGCCUGAUUCUUAAUGAGCGCAGCCUAUUUAGUCGUCACAAGAUGACCGUGUUACACCAGGGGGAGGGAACUGUGAGGACCAUUAAGUGGCAUGGAGACUUCAUUGCAUGGUCCAACAACGUGGCAGUGCAAAUGUACGACAUGUCCACCCGAUGCAGAAUCACCUCUAUCUCCAAGGACCAUAACUUCCGCCCUGAUCUUCACCCAUGUAACCUCCAUUGGAAGGAUGAUCGCACCCUGCUGGUUGGAUGGGCCAAUGCUGUCAAGGAGUGCACAGUGAAGGACAGAAAGGAACAAGACGUCAGAGACCUUCCACGCAGAUAUGCAGAGAUAGUAACCAUGUUCAGCACCACGGACAGCAUGGUGUGCGGGAUAGCCUCCAUGGAUGACAAAAUGGUGCUACUCACAUACGUCAAGCCAGAAAUCCAACCGGGUCAAGAUGAAAGCAAAGUACCUGCUAAUCGACCAAAUCUGCGUGUAGUGAAACCCUUCAUGAACUACUUUGAAGACAUCUCCAACGAUGCACUGUCCAUCCGAAACUAUACAACCUACAGAUGCAAUGAUUACCACCUUGGUUACAAAUGUUCUGUUGAGCGGGAGGAUAAUCAGCUGUAUAUAGUCAGCCCCAGGGACAUUGUGGUGGCGAGACCCCGUGACAUGGACGACCAUGUGGCAUGGCUUAUAGAACACGAGGAGUUUGAGGAAGCCUUGAAGGAGACUGUUGACCAUGAAAAGGAGCUGAAGAAACAUACAUUCCAGGAGGUGGGGUUAAAGUUCAUAGAGUAUCUAUUGGAGUGUAAGCGAUACGAGGACGCUGCCAAACUGUGUGUGAAGGUCUGUAAGAAGAACAAGGCAUUGUGGGAGGCCCAGGCAUAUGAGUUCAUGAAGAAGGGCGAAUUAAAGCCCCUGGCCCCCUUCAUCCCUCGUGAGGAUCCUAUUCUGACCCCAGCUAUCUACGAGAUGAUCCUCAAUCAGUUCCUUCAGACAGACCAGUUGACAUUCCUGCAGCUGGUCAAGGAGUGGCCCCAUGCAAUCUACAACGUGCAGACCAUCAUCAAGGCCGUGUUGGACAAGAUGGACAAUGAUCGCAGCAACAAGCCUCUCCUCCAGGCGUUGGCUGAACUGCACAGUUACAAAAAAGAAUUUGACAAGGCUCUUGCAAUAUAUGUGAGGUUGAAGCACAAGGACGUGUUCCUGCUGAUAAACAAGUACAGCCUGUUUGAGAACGUCAGUGACAAGAUUGUGCAGCUCAUGGAGUUUGACGAGGAGAACGCUGUCAAGAUGCUUAUGGACAACAUAGACAAAAUACCUAUUGACAAGGUAGUGCGACAGUUAGAGAAGAGCCCAAAAUACUUGUAUGUGUACCUGCACAAGUUGUCGCUGGUAGACAAUCAGUACAUCCUCCCGUAUGCUGGAAACAUGGUGAAACUGUACGCAGAGUUUGACCCCCCAAAGUUACUUCCCUUUCUGAAGAGUAGUGUCCCUUACCCCCUGGAUAUGGCUCUAGAGGAAGUGGGAACCAGGCAGUUCAGACGGGAGCAGGUCUUUUUACUGGGCCGGAUGGGUAAUGUGAAGCAAGCCUUACAGCUGAUCACAGACGAGUUAGGAGAUGUGGACCAUGCCAUAGAAUUCUGCAAGGAAAACAACGACCAGGAGCUGUGGGACGACCUCAUUCAACACUCUCUGGACAAACCAAACUUCAUUCGUGGUCUUUUGAACAACAUUGGUACACAUGUGGACCCCACUCAACUGAUCGACAAAAUCCGGACAGGAAUGGAGAUACCAGGCCUUAGAGAUUCCCUCGUUAAAAUCCUACAAGACUACAACCUCCAGAUUUCUCUUCGUGAAGGCUGCAAGAAAAUUCUAGUGGCCGACAGUUUUGGUCUCAUGGGUCGACUCAUUAAAACACAGAAGAAAGCUAUUUCAUUGGAAACUAGUCAUGUCUGCCAGAUGUGCCAAGAAAGGAUAUUAGUCACAGAGAUACGUCAUGCCAGUGAUAUCGUGGUGUUCUUCUGCAGUCAUGCAGUACAUGAGAUGUGUCUACCAAACGGCAUGGAGACCUGCCCUAUAUGCACCACUCAGAGACGGGGCCCUGGCAGUGGAGCCAUGUUUGGGAAAUAAUCAGUGACUAACAUGCCAAAUACUGAUAUGAGCCGCGUUCUGGGAAAUCUGGGCUUAAUGCAUGUGCAUAAAGUGUCAUCCCAGAUUAGUCUGUGCAGUCCACACAGGCUUAUCAGGAACAACAUUUUCCGCCUUCAAUUGAUUUUCGUUCGGAAGAAACCUCCUUUAAAGGAAAAAUUUCGUAAAAGCCUAAAGUGUCGUCUCUGAUUAGCACAUAUCAGGUCUACAUUUUGUAAAGACAACAUCUGCAAUAUGGUGAAAGUUAAGAAUAUUGCCUAAAUAACGGAAUAACUAGCAAUUUAUAGUACCUGUUUGUUUACUUUGGUAAAACUAUUAGUGUUUUUCUAUAAUGUGAAUUGUGAAAUAUUUCAUUUAAAAAUUGAAAACAUUUUGGGGAAAAGUUGCAAGUGUUUGACUUUGGAGACAACAAAUUAAAACUUUACUUUUGGUGAUGAAGGAGCAGACAACUGUGAAUGCAUUGUCUUUAUGUGGACAAGACUUAAUUAAAAAUAAGUCAACCUUUCAAUUUAUAGACUUAAUUUAAAAAAAGAAUUGUGCAUGUCUUUUGUUUGUUUGUUUGUACAUGUAUUAAUAAGUAUUGUAUAUGUAUUUAUAUGAUGUAAUUAAUAGCCUUGCACUAGCUUAAUUUAUUCCUUUUUAUCAAUCUCAACUGUUUGUUAAUAUUGUUGAAUGCAUUAUGUUUAUUCAAUACUAUAAAUAAAAAAAGUAAAAAAAUAUACUAAUACUUAUUGUUUACAUGUAUAAGUGACAAUAUCAUGCUAAUUUGUUUAGAUUUGUUGUAUAAUUGGUGCAGUUUUAGCAAAUGUUGUGGCAUAUUUAUAGACACAAUAACGUGGUAGUCAGAGCUUACUGAAAAUAAAAGACCCUAGUGAAACUUUGGUAAUACAAUUAUUGAUGACAAGGUCAUAGUGACAUUAAUCGCUUGGUCAUUGUCACAUUGAUGACAAGGUCAUAGUGUCAUUAAUUGCUUGGUCAUUGUCACAUUGAUGACAAGGUCAUAGUGUCAUUAAUCGCUUGGUCAUAGUCACUUUGAUGACAAGGUCAUAGUGUCAUUGAUCGCUUGGUCAUUGUCACAUUGAUGACAAGGUCAUAGUGUCAUUAAUCGCUUGGUCAUUGUCACAUUGAUGACAAGGUCAUAGUGUCAUUAAUCGCUUGGUCAUUGUCACAUUGAUGACAAGGUCAUAGUGUCAUUAAUCGCUUGGUCAUAGUCACUUUGAUGACAAGGUCAUAGUGUCAUUAAUUGCUUGGUCAUUGUCACUUUGAUGACAAGGUCAUAGUGUCAUUAAUCGCUUGGUCAUAGUCACAUUGAUGACAAGGUCAUAGUGUCAUUAAUCGCUUGGUCAUUGUCACAUUGAUGACAAGGUCAUAGUGUCAUUAAUCGCUUGGUCAUUGUCACAUUGAUGACAAGGUCAUAGUGUCAUUAAUCGCUUGGUCAUUGUCACAUUGAUGACAAGGUCAUAGUGUCAUUAAUCGCUUGGUCAUUGUCACAUUGAUGACAAGGUCAUAGUGUCAUUAAUCGCUUGGUCAUUGUCACAUUGAUGACAAGGUCAUAGUGACAUUAAUGACAUGGUCUUAGUCAACGUAAAGGACAUGGUCAUUAUGACGUUGAUAAAAUGCUCAUAGUGACCAUAAGUACAUGAUUGAUUGUAUUGAUGUAUAAAACGAUUAUAACUAUUCAGGAAAUUCAUAUUUGUAAACUUUGAUAAAGCCCAUUUGGGCGAAAUAUUAGAAUAAAAGAGUGUUUUUUGCUAUGGAAA